UCCUCCAGCGUCUGCUCUCGCGCAGGUUGGGCUCUAGGCGCGCGGCCCGGCAGCCUUUCCCUUACUUGCGGGCCAUGGAGCGGCUGACGUUGCCUCCUGGCGGCGCGGCGGCCGUGGACGAGUACCUGGAGUACCGGAGAAUUGUUGGUGAGGAUGAUGGAGGGAAACUUUUUACUCCUGAAGAAUAUGAAGAGUACAAAAGAAAAGUUCUACCUAUGCGUCUGCAGAACCGAUUAUAUGUGAGCUGGCGAUCACCCACUGGAAUAGACUGUAAACUUGUGGGCCCAGAGACUCUGUGUUUUUGUACACAUAGGUAUAAACAACAUAAAACUGACUUGGAAAUGAUGCCACAGCAGCACCCCAUCAGUCUGCCUUGCCGAGUGACUGGCUGCCAGUGCAGGGCUUACCUGUACGUCCCUUUGAAUGGCACGCAGCCCAUUCGCUGCAGGUGCAAGCACUUUGCCGAUCAGCACAGCGCUGCGCCUGGCUUUAUAUGCACUGCAUGUUCCAAGUGUUCAGGUUUUCAUAGCUGCUUCACUUGUGCUUGUGGUCAGCCUGCAUAUACCCAUGAAACAGUAGUGGAAACUAAGCAAGAAAGACUGGCUCAGGGAAAACCAGUAGGACAGGAUGUUCCAUAUGCAGCAAUGGGAGGAUUAACUGGCUUCAGCUCACUGGCAGAAGGCUACAUGCGAUUAGAUGACAGCGGAAUUGGUGUACCUUCAGUUGAAUUUUUAGACUCUCCGAUUACAGCCAUGGACCACCCAUUUCUAAAAGCAUUUCAGGCAUCAUCUAGUUCAUCACAAGCAAAACCAACAGAUGAAGGCACAAGUAGUCAAGUUUCUUACUUAAAGAGACCUGAAGAGGACGAUAUGGCUUUCUUUGAAAGACGAUACCAAGAAAGGAGAUGAAAGGGAAGCAAGCAGAGAGCUGGGGACCUCAUACCACCAAGAAAGCAGCACCAGGAGCAGAGCGCGUCCUUUGGACACGGGCUCCCUGCGCCUGAGAAGCUCCCCGACCAGGGGAAGAUUGAGGACAAGGACCUUCCUCCAGAGGUGACAGAGAGAGAAAACCUUCUCCUGGAGCUGACACCCUGGAUUUGUGCUUGUAACCUACUAGACUGUGAGAGAAUAAAUUUCUCUUUGUUAAAGUCAUCCACUUGUGGUAUUUCUGUUAUGGCAGCACUAGAUGACUGAGACAGGCUCUUUUCCUUUUAGUUUGGGAAUAUUUCAUGCCAGUGUUCAUAUUUGGAGUUCUAUUUUGUUUUUAUUUUUCUACCAGGUGAAAGAAUGUUGACUUGGUGAGGUAUGGGAGAUGGUACUCCAGCCAUUUGCUACUGUCUCCAAAGUGCUUUUCUUAGGAUUAUUUUAUAGUUCCUUUGCGGGUAUUUAUCAUCUCUCCAACUAGGUAAUAAAUUCCAUGGAAGUAAAGAUAUUGUUACUUUUUGUUAUAUCCUCUGUGACUCAGACAAGAACUUCUUGAGUAACUGAAGGUAUGGAAAAAGAAUGUUAAAUAAAUUAUCCAUCCAAAAGCAGAGGAAGUGAGUAGGAGGCAGAGAGAUUGUUACCAGGUGGAAACCCCAGGUUCUGCUCAGCAUGACUUGCAUUGGCCAACCAAUGAGAGACUGAGGUGGGAAGGCAGAAAAGCACCUUAAUUUUGUUGCACAAGAAAAAGAGUCAGUUGGAGCUGCUCCUGCCAAAACUGCUCCGUGAGGGCGAGGACAAAGGUAACUUUUAAAGGGUUUACAAAUAGGAAGUUCAUACAAGUUGCAUCAGCAACAUUCUUUUUGUAAAUUUUGUUUUGUACUUUAGAUGAAGGUUUACAGAACAAACUAGCUUCUCAUUAAACAGUAUACAUGUUGUUUUAUGAUAUUGGUAAACAACCCCACAACAUGUCAACACUCUCCCUUCUUGACCUUGGGUUCCUGAUUACCAGCAUUCCUAUCCCCUCCUGCCUUCUAGUCCUUGUUCCUGGGCUGGUGUUCCCCUUUAGUCUCGUUUUGUUUUAUGGGCCUGUCUAAUCUUUGACACCCAUGUGCCUGUCAGUUUGUCGUACUACGGGGGCUUGCGUGUUGUGGUGAUGCUGGAAGCUAUGCCAUUGGUAUUCAAAUACCAGCAGGGUCACCCAUGGAGGACAGGUUUCAGCUGAGCUUCCAGACUAAGACAGACUAGGAAGAAGGACCCAGCAGUCUACUUCUGAACAGCAUUAGCCAGUGAAAACCUUAUGAAUAGCAGUAGAACAUUGUCUGAUAUAGUGCUGAAAGAUGAGCCCCCCAGGUUGGAAGGCACUCAAAAGAUGAUUGGGGAAGAGCUGCCUCCUCAAAGUAAAGUGGACCUUAAUGAUGUGGAUAGAGUCAAGCUUUCAGGACCUUCCUUUGCUGAUGUGGUACGACUCAAAAUGGGAAGGAACAGCUGCAAACGUCUGUUAAUAAUUGAAACGUGGAAUGUACAAAGUAUGAAUCUAGACAAAUUGGAAAUCGUCAAAAAUGAGAUAGAAUGCAUAAACAUCAGGAUCCUAUGCAUUAGUGAGCUGAAAUGGAUUGGUAUUGGCCAUUUUGAAUUAGACAAUCAUAUGGUUUACCAUGCAGGGAAUGAUAACUUGAAGAGGGUGAUGUUGCAUUCGUUCUUAAAAAGGACAUUUCAAAAUCUAUGCUAAAGUAUGACACUGUCAGUGAUAAAAUAAUAUCCAUAAACGUACAAGGAAAAGCAGUUAAUACAACUUUUAUCCAAAUGUAUACACCAACCACUAAGGCCAAAGAUGAUGAAAUUGAAGAUUUUUACCAGCUUCUGCAGUCUGAAAUUGAUCGAACAUGCAGUCAAAAUGCAUUGAUAAUUGCUGGUGAUUGGAAUGUGAAAGUUGGAAACAUAGUUGGAAAUUAUGAUCUUGGUGAUAGAAAUGAUGCUGGAGAUCACAUGAUAGAGUUUUACAGGACUGACGACUUCUUUAUUGCAAAUACCUUUUUUUCACCAACGUAAACGGUAACUAUACACGUGGACCUCGCCAGAUGGAGUACACAGGAAUCAAAUUGACUGCAUCUGUGGAAAGAGACGACGGAAAAGCUCAAUAUCAUCAGUCAGAACAAGGCCAGGGGCCGACUGUGGAACAGACCAUCAAUUGCUCAUAUGCAAGUUCAUGUUGAAACUGAAGAAAAUCAGAAUAAGAAAGCCAAAGUACAAACUUGAGUAUAUCCCAGCUUGAAUUUAGAGGCCACCUCAAGAAUAGACUUGACGCAUUGAACACUAAUGACCGAAGACCAGACGAGUUGUGGAAUGACAUCAAGGACAUCAUACAUAAAGAAAGCAAAAAAAGAAAGCAUUGAAAAGACAGGAAAGAAAGAAGAGACCAAAAUGGAUGUCAGAAGAGACUCUGAAACUUGCUCUUGAAAAUUGAGAAGCUAAACCAAAAGGAGAAAUGAUGAAGUAAAAGAACUGAACAGAAGAUUUCAAAGGGCGGCUCAAGAAGACAAAGUAAAGUAUCGUGAUGACAUGUGCAAGGAGCUGGAGAUAGAAAACCAAAACCGAAGAACCCGCCUGCUCGGCAUUUCUCAAGCUGAAAGAAUUGAAGAAAAAAUUCAAGCCUUGAGUUGCAAUAGUGAAGGAUUCUAUGGGGAAAAUAUUAAAUGAUGCAGGGAGCAUCAAAAGAAGAUGGAAAGAAUACACAGAGUCAUUAUACCAAAAAGAAUUGGCUGAUGUCAACCACUUCAGGAGGUAACAUAUGAUCAGGAACUGAUGAUACUGAAAGAAGUCCAAGCUGCACUGAAGGCUUUGGCAAAACAGAAGGCUCCAGGAAUUGACGGAAUACCCGUUGAGAUGUUUCAACAAACUGAUGCAGCUCUGGAAGUGCUUACUUGUCUAUGCCAAGAAGUUUGGAAGAUAGCUAUGUGGCCAACCAACUGAAGAGAUCCGUAUUUAUGCCUGUUCCCAAGAAAGGUGAUCCAACUGAAUGUAGAACAGUAUCAUUAAUAUCACACUCAAGCAAAAUUUUGCUGAAGAUCAUUCAAAAGCUGCUGCAGCAGUGUAUUGACAGGGAACUGCCAGAAAUUCAGGCCGCAUUUAGAAGAAGACACGGAACCAGGGAUAUCAUUGGUGAUGUCAGAUGGAUCUUUUUAUUUUUAUUGGCUGUGGAAAGGCAUUUGACUGUGUGGAUCAUAACAAUUAUGGAUAACAUUGCGAAGAAUGGGAAUUCCAGAACACUUCAUUGUGCUCAUGAGUAACCUGUACAUAGAUCUAGAGGCAGUUGUUCAGACAGAGCAAGGGGAUACUGCGUGGUUUAAAGUCAGGAAAGGUGUGCGUCAGGGUUGUAUCCUUUCACCAUACCUAUUCAAUCUGUAUGCUGAGCAAAUAAUCUGAGAAGCUGGACUAUAUGAAGAAGAAUGGGGCAUCAGGAUUAGAGGAAGACUCGUUAACAACCUGCUUUACACAGAUGAUACAAUCCUGCUUGCUGAAAGUGAAGAGGACUUGAAGCACUUACUGAUGAAGAUCAAAGACCACAGCCUUCACUGUGGAUUACACCUGAACAUAAAGAAAGCAAAAAUCCUCACAACUGGACCAGUAGGCAAUAUCAUGGUAAAUGGAGAAAAGAUUGAAGUUGUCAAGGAUAUCGUUUUACUUGGAUUCACAAUCAACACCCUUGGAAGCAGCAGUCAAGAAAUCAAGUGACGUAUUGCAUUGGGCAAAUCUGUUGCGAAGGACCUCUUUAAAGUGUUGAAAAGCAAAGGUGUCAGCUUGAAGACUAAGGUGCGCCUGACCCAAGUCAUAUUUUCAAUCACAUGAUAUGCAUGGGAAAGCUGGGCAAUGAAUAAGGAGAACUGAAGAAUUGACGCCUUUGACUUGUGGUGUUGGUGAAGAAUAUUGAAUAUACCAUGGACUGCUAAAAGAAUGAACAAAUCUGUCUUGGAAGAAGUAAAACCGGAAUACUCCUUAAUAGCAAGGAUGGCGAGACCAUGUUUUACACACUUUGGUCAUGUUGUCAGGAGGGAUCAGUCCCGGAGAAUGACAUCAAGCUUGGUAAAGUACAGGGUCAGGGGAAUAGAGGAAGAAAGACCCUCAAUGAGAUGGAUUGACACAGUGGCUGCAACAAUGGGCUCAAGCAUAACAACGAUUGUGGACAUGGCACAGGACCAGGCAGUGUUUCAUUCUGUUGUACAUAGGGUCGCUAUGAGUUGGAACUGACUCGACGGCAUCUAACAACAAGAACAACGACAAGAAUUCUUGGCCGAAGGGUGAACCUCAGGAGUGACUUUUAUUACUGAGCUAAAAGGGUGUCCAGGGACCACACUCUCAGGGUUUCUCCAGUCUCUGUCAGGCCAGUAAGUCCGGUCUUUUUUGUAAGCUAGAAUUUCGUUCUACAUUUUCUCUUGCUUUGUCCAGGAACCUCUAUUGUGAUCCCCAUCAGAGCAGUCAGUGGUGGUAGCUGGGCAUCAUCUAGUUAUACUCAACUCAGUCUGGUGGAUGCUGUGGUAGUUGUGGUCCAUUAGUCCUUUGGACCAAUCUUUCCCUUUUGUCUGUGGUUUUCUUCAUUUUCCCUUGCUCCCGAAGGGGUGAGAUCAGUGGAGUAUCUUAGAUGGCCGCUCACGGCUUUUAAGACCCCAGACACUGCUCACCAAAGUAGAAUGUAGAACAAUUUUCCUUAUAACCUAUGUUAUGCCAAUUGAUCAGCAAUGUUCUUAAUCAUAUUAUACAGGCACUAUGGAGUUUACAUGUCACUUCAUGCAUCACAAGUCUGAGAAAAGGAAACAAA